AGCACCGCCCGCCAGCUCCCCCUGCCGCACUCCGCCGGCACCGCCGCCAUGGCGGCCCGCAUGGCCCACGCCUGAGCCUUUCCGCCGACCGCCGCUGCUGUGGAGUGUGGAUAAGAGCUGUGGGCAGAGAAUUUUGACCGAAUUGAGGCUACCAAGUGAUAAGGAUCUUGAAGCACCGAUUCAGAGGAGUGGCAGCAAAAAGCCUGUUGUUACGCUGAGUGCUUUACACAACAAAUAACUCCCCCUGCUUCCUCAGCUGCCUAAAAAUCAAGCCACAGAUUCUGACUUCAACUGGAAUACGAGAGGAAAAAUGCCAGCUUCUCUAAGGAAACUGAAGCAACUGGCUGUGUUCAUGAGCCUGUUGAGCGGCGGGGGCUGCAUCGUGAUGUACAACCUUAUGCAAAAAAGCUUUGCCAGGACCCAGUAUUACCAGCAAGCUCUGGAGCACCUGCACAGCAGCCCUGACGCCCUGGAAGCUCUGGGUGCACCCCCGCUCAAGGUUCACAACAUUCGGCUGACAGAUGGCAGCAAUCGAGUGGACACAGAGAGAGCACAGAUAAAAUUACCAGUGUCUGGAGCAAAAUCAGCAGGGUAUCUGCACAUUAACUCCCAGAUGGAUCACUCCCAGCAGCGCUGGUGCCUUCAGGAUGUCACCUUGAAGCUGCAGGACGGUCGGAGCGUUGCCGUGUACCGCUCCCCUGCGGGCAGCGCUGCCGUGCGGGAAGGCUGAGCAGGCGAAGCAGCUGCGCCUCCGGCUCCCGCUGAGCCAUUCAUCGAUCGCGCCCUGCUGCGCCCCCGCAGCCCCAAGGUUGGCACCAGCGACAGCCUCGCUUAAGGAGCUGCUCGCAAGACAGUGUCUUCUCCGAGACAGACCUCAUCGUUGUCACGACGGUAAUGUCUUCCUUUUGCUGGGUUAGUGGUGUGCUCACCAGAAGCCUGAAAUAAAUGCCUUGCAAAAGA